UCUUUCAUUACGCCUCAACCAACACGUAUUAAAAAGCUCGACCAGUUCCCGAUCGCGCCUUUAAAUCAGAAUGCCUUUGCACAAGCGUUUGCUGUCGGUGAAGAAUGAGCUCAUACUCUUCACAACUCCGCUCCUUCUUUUGCCUCUGCCGCUCGUUAUCGCCACCUCGCAAGCAGAAUGUGCCUAUGUGAUCAUCCUCAUGGCGGUGUACUGGUGCACCGAGGUCUUGCCCCUGGCGGUGACGGCCUUGCUCCCUGCACUCCUCUUCCCUCUUUUUGGCAUCAUGGAGUCCCAGAGUGUAUGCAUGCAGUACCUAAAAGACACCAACCUGUUGUUUGUCGGUGGUCUGAUGGUGGCUGUGGCCGUGGAACACUGGAACCUACAUAAGCGAAUCGCCUUGAGGGUGCUCCUGCUCGUCGGCGUGCGUCCUGCACUGCUGAUGCUGGGCUUCAUGGGUGUGACAGCCUUCUUGUCCAUGUGGAUCAGCAACACAGCCACUACAGCCAUGAUGGUGCCCAUCGUCCAAGCUGUGCUGGAGGAGCUCAACAACAGCGAGGGGCAGAUGCCUGUCAUCCUGAGCUCAGAGGAGUUCCAGAAGCCAGAAGUAGACAUCAAGCAGGAGAAAACAACGGAAAUGACAGGCCCCAUUGUGGUGACUUUCUUGGACGCCUCCGUUGAAGUGACACGACAAAAGGAGGCACAGGAAAGACAGAAGAUAUGCAAAGGGAUGACCCUUUGCGUUUGCUAUGCCGCCAGCAUCGGCGGUACUGCUACGCUGACGGGGACUGGUCCCAACUUGGUGCUCAAAGGACAAAUGAGCCAACUGUUUCCUGGAAAUGGCGAUGUGAUCAAUUUUGCUUCCUGGUUUGGAUUCGCGUUCCCCAACAUGAUCCUCAUGCUGGUGCUGGCCUGGCUGUGGCUGCAGUUUGUUUUCAUGGGAUUCAACUUCAAGAAAACGUGGGGCUGUGGUGCUGAAAAGACAGAGAAGGAGGUGGCUGCCUACGAAGUGAUCCGGGGGCAACAUCGCCGUCUGGGGCCCAUGUCCUUUGGAGAGCUGAGCAUCCUGGGUCUCUUCAUUCUGCUUGUGGUUUUGUGGUUCUCCAGGGAUCCCGGGUUUGUGUCCGGCUGGGCCACACACAUCUUUAACUCCAAAGCAGAGUAUGUCACAGACGCCACUGUGGCCCUCUUCGUUGCCAUCCUCCUUUUUAUCCUUCCCUCCAGACCUCCACCUUUUUGCUCAUGGAGGACACAAAGUUUUGACACAGUAUCCCAUCAGACAUCUAGCUCUGCUCCACGUCUGCUAACAUGGAAGGUGGUCCAGAAGAAAUUACCAUGGGGAAUUGUACUGCUUCUUGGUGGAGGAUUUGCACUGGCCAAGGGGAGUGAGGUGUCAGGACUUUCCAGGUGGAUGGGAGACCAAAUGAGCCCCUUGCAAAGUAUCCCACCCUGGGCAAUUGCCAUUAUCUUGUGUCUCCUCAUUGCAACCUUCACAGAGUGCACCAGCAAUGUGGCUACUGCCACGCUCUUCCUGCCCAUUUUAGCAUCAAUGUCGCAGUCCAUUGGAAUUAACCCUCUGUUCGUCAUGGUGCCUUGUACUCUGAGUGCCUCCUUUGCUUUCAUGCUGCCCGUGGCCACGCCACCAAACGCCAUAGUCUUUUCCUACGGAUACCUCAAGGUUUCAGAUAUGGCAAAGACUGGAAUAGUCAUGAACAUCAUUGGCAUAAUGUGCAUCACACUGGCCAUUAACACCUGGGGGCGGGCCAUGUUUCACCUGGAUUCCUUUCCAACAUGGGCCAACGCCACUGGGCCGUGACGCCGACCUGUUUCCUCAGCGCCUCGAUCUACUGCUCUCUAGUCAGAGCCACAGCACUGUCUGAAAUGAUCUGUGCUGCUGAGACAUAAGUCGCCUAUCAAGUUUAUUUUCCAGUUCAAUGGGUAAUGAAUCAGUAGGAGAAAGAAACACCUUCAUUUCUACUGGGAUGAACAAAGAUAAGGUUUUUCAUGUUAGUAAAACACUUUGCAUGAAUAAUACAGAUGUCAACAGUGACGUCAGUGAUACUUUGCCUGGUAUCAGAAUGCUGACAUGGUUUUUUUUAUAAGAACUAAUCCAAACACUGCAGUAUGAACAUAUCAGAAACAACAGUUCUGCAUAAAAGGUGUGCUUUUAAACAAAGCCAAAAAGCCUUAAAAAAAAAUAUAUAUAUAUAUAUGUAGAAUGCUGCAUAACCAUUCACACUUAAGUUAUAACAAUGCAGAAAUAGAUCACAGAUCCUUUAUUUUAAAGCUUUCUUCUAAUUAUUGACAUUUUUUAAUAUAUUUAAUUUUUAGCUGCUAAAAGAAACCCGUCUAUAUGCUACAUAUGAAGAGACAUGAUCCCCCCCUCACUGUCUGACAUUAUUCUUUUAUUAUUACAUUAUUCUUUCAGGUGAACCUGAAAGAAUAAUGUAAGGAUGUUGCUUUUUUUUUUUUCUUUCAUAAAAGUCAAAAGUACACAUUUUAAUAAUAGUAUUACUAAUUAGUAUUGAUAGUUUUCAUACCAUCAAGUUUAAUUAUCAUGAUGACUGAACAGCUGCUAUUUAGCUAUACAUACUAUUUUUCCAUUCAUUCAUUCAUCUUCUGAACAGCUUAUCUUCACGAGGGUCGUGGGGGUGCUGGAGCCUAUCCCAGCUAGCAGCAGGGAGGAGGCAGGGAAAAAUAACUUUUUGUGUCUUUAGUAUAGUGCAUGUAAAGUUCAGGAUUCAAUUGUAUAUUUUGAAUAACAGCAAGACUCGUUCAAACAUUUUCAUUUCCCUUCAAAUCAGUGCUGUAUUUGUGGCAGUUUGCAACAAUAGUGAUGAACUACUGCAAUAAAGUGUUCUAUCUAUCAAGUUUGCUGUAUUUUUCGACAGUUGUAUAUAUUUUGUGUGUGAAAUUGGUGAGAAAAUAAAGUACAGUGGUACCUCUACAUACAAAUGUAAUUCCUUCAGGACAUUGUUGAAAGACAAAAUGGUCGUAAAUCGAUUGGGGUAUUCCCAUCAGAAUAUUAUAAUUCAAUUAUUUGUUCCACAGCCCAAAAACCUUCAUUAAACCCU